AUGAUAAUCUCUAGCAUAUUUGGCAUUUGGCUUCUCCUAGCCUCCGCAGUCUACUCAGCACCACUUCUUGAACCAGCAGUGCAGGCUGACUACGAUGCCAUCGUUAUCGGCGGAGGCCCAGCUGGAUUGGCAGCAACGAGCGGGCUUGCGCGAGUCCGGCGCAACGUUCUAUUGAUCGACUCGGGAGAGUACCGAAAUGAUCCAACAAGACAUGCCCACGACAUUUUGGGAUUCGACGGUGUUACACCCGCCUGGCUCCGCUUCUCAGCAAGGAAGCAAAUUAGUGAUUACGGGACCGUUGACCUCGUGAACGGGACAGUGACGGAAGUCCAACCCCAGAGAAACAACACUUUCUUCAAAGUCCUAGCGAACUACCCGGGAGACAAGUCGGUUUCGUUCACGACUCGGAAAGUGGUUCUAGCGACUGGCAUGCAAGAUAUCUUGCCGUCGACCGCCGGCCUUGCAGAGAGCUGGGGCAAAGGCAUCUACUGGUGUCCUUGGUGCGAUGGUCAUGAACACGCCGACCAAGACCUUGGCAUCCUUGCGCGCCUCGACAGUGCAGUGACAAGUGUACGCGAAAUCCUCACCUUGAACACGGACAUAAUCCUCUUCGUAAAUGGCACCGACACGCCUGCAAAUCGCAAGAUCACUGAGGUCAAGUUCCCAGGAUGGGAGAGGUACCUCAAGCUACUCAACGUCAAGAUUGAAAACCGCACAUUGGCCUCUAUCACACGACUCCGCGACGGUGCGACACCCUUCGCCGAUCCUAGCUUGCCGACACAUCCCGAGCAUGAUCUCUUCCAAGUGGAUUUCACGGAUAAAAAGAAUCCCAUCUUGCGGAACGCCUUCUUUGCGGACUUCCCGUCCGAGCAAAGAUCCAAGAUUGGGGAAAAUGCAGGUGUCCAGCUUUACGGAAACAAGCUUGCAGCAGACAGCGCUGGAGGGUUGGUGACGAACAUUCCGGGGAUCUUCGCUAUUGGCGACGCCAACUCAGACAACGUGACGAAUGUACCGCAUGCUUUCUUCAGUGGAAAACGCACGGCAGUAUUUUUGCAUGUAGUCCAGAUUGAGCGGGAGAAUUCUUUCGCUCAGAUUGCAGCGGCUGGCAAGCGAGAUGUAGGGGAAGACGAGCUGCAGAAACUCUGGGCAAGGAUGAACGAGCCCGGCGAUGUUACGCACGCUGGGGAUAGGUUUGAUAUUCAGAAUUAGAGAGAUAGUACAUACAGGUGUGUGUGCGUCACUCCACCUUAACCGGUGGAAGUUGCUCUUUAGGAAUGAAUUCCCAGAUUCUCUCUGCAGCGAUCUAUGCACCGUUCAUGCGAUUCAUCGCUUCAGCAAGG